AGUCCUGAUGCCCAUGGAGUGUAUAUUGUAGAAGAGGCAGCUGGACAGCCUUAUUCAGCACCAGUCAUCCUCCUGUGUUUAUUGGGGAACUGCCCCAAGAUUUCCUGCGCAUUAGCCCUACCCAGCAACAGCAGCAGAUACAGUUGGAUGCCCAGGCAGCACAGCAGCUACAAUAUUCUGGCGUUAUGGCGACCAUGGGCCGACUCAGCAUUACUGUGGUGCAGGCUAAGCUUGCUAAGAAUUAUGGAAUGACCCGGAUGGACCCGUACUGCCGGAUACGUUUGGGAUAUGCAGUGUAUGAGACGCCCACUGCUCACAAUGGGGCUAAGAACCCACGGUGGAACAAAGUGAUUCAGUGCACAAUUCCUCCUGGAGUGGAUUCCUUCUACAUAGAAAUCUUUGAUGAGAGAGCUUUCUCCAUGGAUGACCGCAUUGCCUGGACACACAUCACUAUCCCAGAGACGUUGAAGGAAGGAAAGCAUGUGGAUGAAUGGUUCAGUUUAAGUGGCAAACAGGGCGAUGACAAGGAAGGAAUGAUCAACCUCGUCAUGUCCUACACGUCGGUGCCAGCAAUGAUGCCUGCACAGCCUGUAGUUUUGAUGCCCACAGUCUACCAGCAGGGGGUCGGAUAUGUGCCCAUUGCAGAUCCCAUUUACAACCCUGGAAUGCCAAUGGCUGCUCCACCACCGGCUGUUAACCCUCAGCACGAAACGCGAGAGGAGGACAUUCAAUCCAUUAAGGAUAUGUUCCCUACCAUGGACCCUGAGGUCAUUCGUUCUGUGCUGGAAGCCCAAGGAGGAAACAGAGACGCUGCUGUCAACUCCCUGCUACAGAUGGUAGAAGAUUCAUAGCGGCCAAGCCCUCCUUCCAGUUUCCCUGUUCCUUCACUUGCCAUGAGGGGAAUCUCAUCCUUAACUUUGAAAUAAGAUGUGGCUGCUCUUUUACAUUGAGUGUUGAUUGUGGCCUUCUCCGCUACUCCUACCACCACUUCUGAAGUUGGACGUUCCCUCACAUUCCUCCUCAGCCUGCAGUGCCCUUAUUAGUGUUAAUAUGUUUUCCAGAUGCCAUGAGCACACUGUACCCCCCUCCUUUGUGAUAUUUGAAUGGACUGAGCUAAUUUCAUUAAGAUCUGUUCUGUCGUCCAUGCUUCUGUUGAUCACUGUAAAUUUGGAAUAUCAUUGUCCGUUUUUUUUUUUUCUUUCUAAAUUGUUAAUUUACUGAAACCACUAUAAUACUCUAACAUUGCAGGAAGCCUGACUCUAGUUGUAAUAUAUCCCACCCAACUAAAGGCCCUCAACAUACCAUAGAGACAAUCUGAUUAAGUCACAAGGCUCUCCUGUCCGCGUUCUGAUUUGGAAGAACAGAAGAAAAUGGAAAGUUUCUCUUAAAUACCUUUAAGUUAAAGAUUGCUUAAAAAAAAGUUGGUAGAACAGCUGUUCAAAGCUCUAUGGAAUGAUAUUCUGCUGUGCCUACCAACUACACUUGCUCCACCGUUUUAACUAUUUUCCAUAUAAAAACACAACUGGCCCAUGGAGUAAGAGCAAGCCAUCAAACUGGUUAACAAUUUAGCAUGGAAAUUCUAGCACAUCUCGGUAUAAUUAUGGUGUUCUUGGUUCCUUAGUAGAUAAGGACUCCUUUUUUCAUGAGUAAAAUUAGAAAUGUAAUCAGAUAUGGGUGGUGAGACUGUGGAAAUACAAGGAUAGAAAAAUGGACAGGGUUGAAUGAUACUUUGAAACAUUUAGGUAUCUGAGCCAAUGAGUGUGCAGGUCACUUAAUAGCCACUAUUCCACAAUAUUUAAAGGGGGUUGAUUACUUUUUUUCAAGAAAAUGCCAAUAUUGCCUGAUGCCAUCCAUUCCUAAUACCACUGACUUUAUUGGCAUCUGCCUGUCACUUUUGACCCCAAAAUGCACUUGAGUGUCUAGUAGUUAAUGGUAUAAGGCAUGGGCAGUAUUGGUGUUCACCAAUUGAAGAGUCUGUGGAACAAACAUCUUCUAGGUGUCGUAGGGUAUUGUAUGGAGCAGUGACAAGAAUACUGAGAGGGGCAGUUUAUUUAAUGUGCAGAGCCUUUGAACAAUGUUAUUCUUCGAACAAGGUGUCCUUUAAUGUUAGUUACCAGUGUGCGAUCCUACUAGUGCUAGAACACAGAAUCUGUCAAAUAUGAAUAUGUUUUGGGUUGGGUUAAAUUUAUAAGUCAAUAAAAAAUAACUCAAUGGA